AUGGACGAGCUUCUCACGCCGAUCAGCACCACAUACCUGAAGCCUAAGGUGGCAGAGGCACCACUUCUCACCGAAGUUGCGUCUCAGAGCAAGCAAAUUACGCCAGCUGCCUCGGCUGCGGGUAAGAUAACUUCACCCGACGAAGCUUUGGACACGCUUAAAAACCAGCCGAGUUAUGACGCUCUGCUUACCACCCUGGAAUUUCUCACCAACAGUCAAGGCUCAAGGAACAGCAAUUUCAGUCUUCAUAUACCAAGUCCGAAGAGCGCGGCUGUGGUGAAGAUACUGGUGACUGAAAUUGCGCACAACUAUUGGCCACUAUUCUCUGCUUCCGGCGAUGGCGACACAGACGACACGCUUCGCCCUAAAGAAGCGUUUGUCAGAUGUCUCGGCAGUGUCACAGGAGUCAACGCUAUCUUAUCCCAUAUGGCAGCUCUGAUAAACGAGGUGAAGAGUAGCAGCAAGGGAAUCUCUCGCUCUGACUUGACCCUCCAUCUGGAGAUAUUUCUUGACCUUCUUUCUACAAUCCUUGGCGGCGAUCAUGCGGCCCAGCAGUUAUGGACGACAUCUACCAAAGAGCUCACAAACGACAUGUUAAAGAAGGGUCAAACCCAGACAUUUAUCUCUUUAUUGACAAACGGACGUAUCGUUUCAGUUGCUGCUGAAGCUCUUACUCUAGUAGGGGAGGGGCAGCUCCGCAAUGUUCCUAGAUGGACUGCUGAUGGGCUGGAGUAUACUUUGUGGCUUGGGCGAAACGUAGCCCUUUGGGCAAAGUUGGAGUCUUCAGAUACAGAAAUGCAAGUUUGCUCUGAUCUAGUACAGAGAGGAGGCUCGCUGGGCUAUGCUGGUAAGCAGGUUGCUUCUCCUUGUCCUGGAUUCAGCUUGGUCGUCUUUGAACUAACAUGCUUGACUUUGCUCUACCCGCCUCUAGAGAGGCUGAUCAAAUUUCUCAUUGACGAUAUGUUACUUACCCAAGGAGCGGAUCCGAAUAUCUUUGUUAAACUCCUAUUAAACCAACUACAAGCAGCAAGGAAGGUGCUGCACAUUCUCCUGGACCAUUUAUCAAAUAGAUUUUUAGACCGUCUACAGCCUGAAGAUCCAUCCGCAAGUUCAAUCAUUUCGGCGGCUGCCGGUAUUAUUGAUUCUGUGAUCCAAGGUGAUAGGGUGAGAGAAUCUCAUCUGAUAAAGUGGUGUUCCUCCUCGUCCGGAGCAGGACUCGGGCACGGGGUUGAGAUAAGGAGGGCAGUCCUAGCCGCCCUCUCCAAAAACAAAGAAAACAUCAAGGCUGUCCUGGAAAAAUCGGUAUCUCAGUUCGGCGACGAGCUAUAUAUUAAGCAUGCCGCUAUCCUGCAGCAAAAUGGCAACGCUGGGUAUGUCUCUCGAUCACUGCCUAUUAAGCUGGCAAUGUUGCUCAGAUCGGCGCCAUACUUGCGAGCCAUCUCCAACCGCAUCGCUGCAACACAGAGUCGUGCUCGAUUCCUCGGGAUGGUUGUCGGCGAAACCCUCUCAGGUCUGGUUGACAGCAGUGAUAAAAAGCUCGAUUUCCACAUGGACGACAUGGGGUUUGCGGAUAUGGGAAGUCUCAAGGAACUGUCCAAGAUUUCAGACAGUAUUGGACCUGCAGAGCCAAUUCUCUCAACUCGCCAGCAACCUCCUCCCCAGCUGCAACCAACCACAGCAUCAAAGAAAGUGCCAAAGAAGAAGGCAAAGCCAGCUUCACCUACUGUCCAACCUAAAUCUAUCAUCCAAGAAAUAGAUUCUUCCGGGGAGGAAGAUGAAGACGAGGGUUUGGUGCCGUACGCCAAGCACUCGGAUCCAGAAGAUUCAGAUGAUGACCCAACACUCAUUCAGCGAAACCGGGUGAAACCACCGGUUUACAUUCGCGAUUUGAUAGCCUUUUUCCGGGACUCGGAGUCCUACGACAAACAAAACUUGGCCCUACAGACAGCUCCAUCGCUUCUCCGACGCAAAGCCAACUAUGGCACCGAAGUCAGCUCGCACGCGGACGAGCUAGCAGGCUUACUCGUGGGUUUACAGGAUAAGUUUGACAUAGAAGAGUUCCAUGACCUUCGGCAACAGAGCAUGAUUGCUCUGAUUGUCUCGCAACCCAAGACGAUGGCUCCUUGGUUCGCACGCACAUUUUUCGAGGGUGACUAUUCCCUAGCUCAGCGUACUGAGAUAAUAGUUGCGCUGGGUCUCUCAUCGCGAGAGCUUGCUGGGUACGACAUCUCGCAGUACCAGUCGUCUGCAUCGUUUCCCUCAAAGAAGCUGCCGGAGAAGAUCGAGCAGCUCUACGUCAGGGAGGUAAAGGCUGAGGACCAUUCACCCGCCUCUCGCCUCAAGCCAUUGGCGCCCACAGCCCUCGACAACAUCGCAACCUCGGUGACGUCCGCGUUCCUCGAACCACUAGCAGCAGAGGCUGCAGACACAGUCACCGGGCCCGACGUACUGAAGCUGCAGACGUUCACUGCCAGAUACAAAUCCAAAUCCGCAAAGCGGCCUCGCGUCCGAGCCAUCCCGAACACCACAGCCGGCCUUCUAGCAUCGUCCUUCUUCUCGCCGCUCACUGCUCAUUUCAGCGUGGCUCUGCAUUCUCGCAGGCCAAUGAUCCUAAACCCGGCUCUCCUCGGGCUCUACCUACAGACCCUCGGCAUAAUCGUCCAUGCCGCCGGUCCAUCGACCCUCUCCCUCCCACAGCUGACCUCGGAGCUGUGGUCUCUCCUCCUGGGAACCAGGCAGCAUGCGGUCGGGGAUCUCGGCGCGCUGAAGGGGUGGUUCGUCGCAAUGGCUGCCUUAAUAGAGGUCAACGAGGGCGACAUGCGCCGGCUCUGCCAGGAGCUGGGGAGGGAAGUGGUCGAGACGCGGGAGUGGGCCAGCGGGGUGUUUGAGAGGAUCAGGGGAGAAGACGGCGGCGACGAGAACCACGUCAAGAUGCUCGCUGCGGGUGUUCUUAUCCGGCUGGGUGAGGCGAUUGAGAAGUACCAGGCUUUAUUGAUGGGAGACUUGAUUGGGUAUACAUAA